AUGACAUCGAAUGGAGUUACAGCAAGAGAAGCUUUUAUUAAAAGAGAUACUAAUGAAACAAAGAUUCAAAUAGCCAUAAGUCUAGAUGGUGGAAACGUAUAUAUUCCUAAUUCAAUACUACCUAAGUCUGAUUCAAUAGAUGAACAUGCAACACAAGCUACUGGAGGUCAACAAAUUAAUAUUCAAACAGGGAUUGGAUUUUUAGAUCAUAUGUUACAUGCAUUAGCCAAACAUUCAGGCUGGUCAUUAAAAAUUGAAUGUGUUGGUGAUUUACAUAUUGAUGAUCAUCAUACAAGUGAAGAUGUAGGAAUAGCUUUGGGUUUAGCUUUUAAAAAUGCACUUGGACAAAUUAAAGGUGUUAAAAGAUUUGGUCAUGGUUUUGCCCCAUUAGAUGAAGCUUUAAGUAGAGCCGUUGUGGACUUAUCAAAUAGACCUUAUGCAGUUAUUGAUUUAGGAUUGAAAAGAGAGAAAAUAGGUGAUUUAUCAUGUGAAAUGAUACCUCACGUAUUAGAAAGUUUUGCAACUUCUGCUGGUAUAACUAUGCAUGUUGAUUGUUUAAGAGGAUUCAAUGAUCAUCAUCGUGCUGAAAGUGCUUUCAAAGCUUUAGCUAUUGCUAUUAAAGAAGCGACUUCAAAGACCGGUAAAAAUGAUGUCCCAAGUACUAAAGGUGUUUUAUCAUGA